AAUAUUAAAGAAAGUUAUAUGGAAUGGUGAAUUCUUGCUGGCGAAGAAACUUAUGAUGACUGACAGAAUCGACAAUUUAAAGACGAUAGCUUGUAGAGCAAUCGAUGAUCAUUCUCUUCAAUUAAAAGAAAUCGGUGAUAAAAUUUGGGAAAAUCCAGAGCUAGGUUUAAAGGAGUAUUAUGCUCAUGAUCUUUUGACAAAAUUUUUCUCAGAACACGGAUUUGAUGAUGUUGAAAAGUCAUUUGUUACCGAUACGGCUUUUCGCGUUACAGCAUCAAAUCCUGAUCCAAAAGCCCAUGUUGCAGUUUUAUGCGAAUAUGAUGCCUUACCGGAAAUAGGCCAUGCUUGUGGACAUAAUUUAAUUGCAGAAGCUGGUGCGUCAGCUGCUCUAGGAAUUCUAGCAGCGAUUAAAGCAGGAUUGAGGGGAAAGUUAACUGUUUUCGGAACACCAGCAGAGGAGUCGGAUGGGGGAAAAUUAUUUCUUAUUGAUAAAGGCGCCUUUAAAGACGUGGACGCUGCAAUGAUGGUUCAUCCUGCAGCAAUCAAUUCAUUUAAAACCGACUAUUUAUCAAUAAAGUCUUUUUGCAUAACUUAUCGUAAAAGUGCACAUCAUGAACUUAAAGAUAUAUGGGAAAAGCUCAAUCCAUUAGAUGCUGCAAUUAUUGCUUAUAAUUCUAUAUCAGCCUUGAGGUCAAAAAUGAGGCCAACUUGGAGAAUUCAUGGUAUAAUCGCUGAUGGCGGAGUCAGUCCAUGUGUACUCCCAGAGAAAUCAGUCUUAAAAUAUUACUUAAGGACGCCCACAGAGGCUGAAAUGAUAAGUUUGGAAGAAGACGUAAGGAAGUGUUUUGAUAGCGCUGCUAUUGCUACGAAUUGUACAGUUGAGAUAGAACUUGACGAAGGUCAUUACAAAAGCAUUCAGCACAAUGAUGCAAUGAUCGAUACUUUUAGCGCCAACGCGAAGAAAUUUGGCAUAAUAUCGGAUCCAUACGAUAAUUGCAAACCCAGUGGUUCAACUGAUAUGGGAAAUGUUUCUCACGAGGUUCCAAGUAUUCAUCCGAAAUACGCUUUAGCAACAAAUGCAAACAUUCACACAAGGGAAUUUGCUGAAGCAGCAGCAAGUGACAAAUCGCAAAUUGUAACUAUUCAAAUGGCGAAGACUUUAGCGAUGACAGCAAUCGAUCUUAUUGAAGAUUCCAGUUUGAUGAAAAGAGCUAAAGAUGAAUUCAAUGAGAGAAAAACUGGUCAGGUCGAGACGAAAUAAGAUUUAUAAGAAAAGCUGUGGUGAGGAAAGAGAAAGACUAGAGAGAGAGAGAGAGAGGAAUCGAUAAUUUUAUAUUUUCAUAAUCUUUGCAAUUGUUUCGUUUUCAACCAUAAACGAUUUUCUACUUAGUGUAAAGCAAUGACUUAAAGAUUCAUUUAAUUCAACUAGAGAGUAAUGUAUUAUAGAUUUUCUGCUAAGUAAUAAAUUAAGCCAAAUUAAUCACAUUUCAAAUCUUUCAACUGUAAUACAUAAUCUUUGAACGAGCUAUUAUACCUAAUAAAU